AUGGCUGAACAUGAGAAACCCACCAUCGAGCGCGACACCGACCAUCAUGGUGUCAUCGGCGAGCAAGACCAUCCGCCGCAUCAUGGCAUGAGCGCUGGCCAGUACAUCGCGACGCGCUUUUCUUCCCUCAAGCCGCCAAUGGCCAAGGCACCAAACCCCUUCAAACUUCUCAUGAUGCUCAAUGCCCGACAGUGGGCGUUUUUCUCCGUUGCGUUCAUUGCUUGGACGUGGGACGCUUUUGAUUUCUUUACAGUGUCGCUGACUGUCAGCGAACUCGCCGAGACGUUCGGAAAAGACAAUACUGACAUCACUUGGGGCAUUACUCUGGUGCUGAUGUUCCGGUCUGUUGGCUCCAUCUUGUUCGGUAUCGCAGCCGAUCGUUAUGGUCGCAAAUGGCCCUUCAUUGUCAACAACGUGCUUUUCAUCGUUCUCGAGCUGGUCUCGGCACUUGGCAAUGCUUGUGUCGCUGCCAAGACACGCCAUGCCCGCAUUGCCAAGGUCUUGGCCAGCAUCAUCGCGAGAUACGCACCGCCUGGAACCGGCUUUACCAACACCUACGGGCAGUUCCUAGCAUGUAGAGCUCUUUUUGGUGUUGCCAUGGGCGGUCUUUACGGCAAUGCAGCCGCUACCGCCCUGGAAGAUCUUCCAGAGGAGGCUCGUGGAUUGAUGAGCGGUAUCCUGCAACAAGGAUACGCUUUUGGAUACCUCCUUGCAACAGCUUUCGCCCGCGGUCUUGUUGAUACGACUCCCCAUGGAUGGCGCCCGCUCUUCUGGUUCGGUGCUUGUCCUCCAGUGCUGAUCAUUCUCUUCCGCCUCAUGCUCCCCGAGACCUCGGUCUACCAGCAACAUGCCAGUGUACGACGUACUGCCGAAGCUGAGGGCUCCAGUAUCUCCAAAACCUUCCUUCGCGAAGGAAAGGUCGCUCUUCGCCGCCAUUGGCUUCUACUUGCCUAUCUCGUGCUCCUCAUGGCCGGCUUCAACUUCAUGUCGCACGGAUCCCAGGACUUGUACCCGACCAUGCUCAAGAACCAAUUCAACUUCAGCGCCAACGCGGUCACUGUAACUCAGGUCGUUGCCAACCUUGGCGCAAUGCUCGGUGGCACUGUCGUCGGUUUCUGCAGCCAGAUCUUUGGUCGACGAUUUAGCAUCAUCGUCAUGUGUAUUAUUGGUGGUGCUCUGUUGUACCCAUAUACCUUUACCAGCAGCCACGCAGUUAUUGCCGCAGCUUUCUUCGAGCAAUUUUGCGUCCAGGGCGCCUGGGGUGUCAUUCCGAUCCAUCUGAUGGAGCUGUCACCCGGCGCCUUUCGCACUUUCGUUGUUGGUACAUCCUACCAACUUGGUAACCUUGUGUCAUCUGCAUCUUCGACGAUCGAGUCCACCAUUGGCGAGCGAUUCCCCUUGCCACCCAAGGGCAAGACUGAGCGAUACGCUUAUGGUAAGGUUAUUUGCAUCUUCAUGGGCUGCGUGUACGCCUAUGUCAUUCUGCUCACCUUCAUCGGACCCGAGCACCUGCGCCGCAAGUUUGAGGUUGCCUAUGAUGCCGAUGUACGUGAGGUUGCCGGUGAGGAGACGAUCAGUCAUGCCAUGCAUCGUCGCGAGAGAAUGGGAAUGGGGUUGAGUGACGAGGAUUUGGCAGAUGCGGCGGAAGUGAGACAGAUGGAGGAGGCCGAGAGGACUCACGCAACCGCGGGGCGGCUGGCUUAA